UCGCCUCGCAACAAUUUUGACAGCUGACGGAGCCUGGACGUCACGUUAAGCAGCGAUGGUUAUUCAGAGACAAGCAUAGCUUUAUUUGAUAUGGGAUUUUGUGCCAAAAAGCUCCAUCACUUGGAUUACGAUGAAUUUUAUUCCUUAUUUAGUAUCGGCUUCGAUAAGUAGAUAUUUAAAAAAUAAUGCGACAUUCCCUCAGGAAAAAGUCAAGUACAUAUAUUUUUAAAACAAACAGCAAUGUUGGUGUUGUAAGGUAGAAAGAAGCUUAGGUAAAAUUACUGCUAGACAACGACACACAGACUCCCCUGCUUCAAUCUGUGACGAGAUUUACCAGAAAUACAAGAAACAUACCAGUGGCUGCCAUCGCUGUGACUUAUUUGGCAAGCUGUCUACCAUUCUGUAUUCUGGCGCUUCUUGUGUAAGCCGACUCCAGAGAUGCAGACGUUUGUGAAACGAAAAAGAGUAGGAUACUGGCUCAGCGAAAAGAAGAUCAAAAAGUUGAAUUUCCAGACCUUCGUGGAUAUGUGCAGGAAGAGAGGCAUUGAAAUGGUUCAGCUGGACCUCAGCUUGCCACUGGAGGAGCAGGGACCCCUGGAUGCCAUCAUCCACAAACUGACGGACCACAUCCUUGAAGCAGACCAGAAUGUUACAGAGGCCCAGCUGCUUGUUCAUAGUGUGCAGGAAUACAUUGACGUUCACCCUGAGACUGUGAUCCUAGACCCACUCCCUGCUAUUCGUACGCUGCUUGACCGCUUCAAGUCUUACAAGCUCAUCCACAAACUAGAGGAAUGCAUGAAGGAUGGGCGCAUCUGUUCUCCUCCAUUCAUGGUACUCAACAGUGAGUGUGGCCCUGACACGUUAGACCACCUCCAUAAGAAUGGCAUCACCUUCCCUUUCAUCUGCAAAACUCAGGUCGCACAUGGCACCAACUCCCAUGAGAUGGCCAUCAUCUUUAGCAAGGAGGACCUGAAAGACAUCAGGCCUCCCUGUGUGAUCCAGAGCUUCAUCAACCACAAUGCUGUGCUUUACAAGGUGUUUGUGGUGGGAGAUGCCUACAGUGUGGUAGAGCGGCCCUCUCUUAGGAACUUCCCUUCUGGACCAACAGACAGAAGAGCUAUAUCCUUCAACAGUCAUCAUGUUUCCAAACCUGAGUCCUCAUCAGACCUGACCUCUAGGGACAACUUGGAAGGGCAGUGUCGGACACCUAGGCAUGAUGUCAUUCAGAAGAUUUCCAGGUGCUUGAGACAUGCUCUUAAUGUGUCCUUGUUUGGGAUCGACAUCAUCAUCAGCAACCAAACAGGCCAGCAUGCCGUAAUCGACAUCAAUGCAUUCCCUGGUUAUGAAGGAGUUCCAGAGUUCUUUGAUGACCUGCUGACUCACCUAACUACAGUCCUACAAGGCCCCUGUGGGCCCCUCAGAGCCCCAAGCUUGCCUCUGGCCUGUGGGAUGCCCUGUGGCAAUCUGGGAAAUGAAGGCAGCUGCUUGGUGAUUGACAGUGAGGAGAAGAAAAAAGGUUCCCAUCAAGGUCUGACCUGCUGCAGCGCUGACCUGGGCCUGAACUACCAGCAACACCGCCGGGCCACACUAGCGGCUGACGCCUCCUCCCAGUGAGCCUUGCCUGGCCCUCCAGCAAAUUAGCAUAUUUAAUUACUUUUAACAAACCAAUUAAACCCUCCUGCCCGCUGAGUGGGGUGAAGAAUUUUUCCUUGUGCCAAUAUAUGAUCUGUAGCAUGUGGUUAAUGACCAAAGAAGUACUGAUUUUUGUCUUAAGGUUGAAAAGGAGCAAUCAGCAGAUAUCAGUAGAUGUCAUUUGGUCUAUUUAAAUCAUUUGGUCUAUUUUCAUGCAUCUUGCACUGGACUUUGUUAUGGUAAGGUGCCUUAGGAAUGAACGGGAAUUUCUUUGUACACUGUUGAUCAGGGGGAAAUAACAGAAGCUUAAAUGUAGGUAACCCAAAGCAUACCAUCCAGCAGGCGGCAGGCAAACCCAACAUGGCAAGCAAAUCCAACAUGACAUUUUGUUUUUCCAUUUUUGGCCUAAGGAAUAUGCUGGCUGAAUGGAAGGGGUAUUCAGGUGAACCCUGGUGCUGGGCAGUGGAUUCUGAGCUCUCACAUGCACUCUGGGAGUCCAACUGCGUGCAGCACUUCAUACUCCGCCACCUGCACUGUUAGAAUUAUACAGAUCAUACAAAAUGAUGAACAUCACAGAACAAUGUCUAGGUAAUGGAAUAUAUUUUAAAUGUAAUAUGUGGAACACUUGUCCUAUGGUCCUAUAGACACCUUGUGUAAAGACUUUAAAUAUACAUGUCCUGAAUUGAGCAACAGUUUCAUGCUUGAUAUGAGGUAAAACACAUUACUACCUCGAGUCGAAUAGUAUGAGAUUAGUUGGGAUAAUCUAUUUCAGAGGUCCUCAGGGAGUCAUAGCCAGUCUACCUGUGUAGUCUGAUUCAGCUCCCAAGUAAUAGAGACAUAAUAGCUCUGCUACUAUUGUUUAUGUGAUGAGCUCCUGAACUGGUCCAGAUGGCCAUCCCUGAGGACAGGAAUAAGAACCUUUGACCUAUCUAGCUGUACCAGGAACAGAUAACUCACUGCCCACCUUAGUCUCUUGGGACUUUUAAUGAGUACAUAUGACAUGAUACAUUUUCAGUGACAGUUUUUACACACUGUUGUAUAAUUAAGUUUGUAGGUCAGAUACCAUUGUGCCUUUCAGCUUCUGUGUUGCUAUGAUUAAUACGGAGUGUACAGUAUGUACAAUGUGUAUAUGUUGUAUUUCCUAGAUUUUAAAGGACAGAAAGAGACACUAUCCACAUUUUAUGUCCCUUUACAUGAGAUAAAACAGACAUCCAGAGAAUAAAUACUAAAAUUUAAUCACACCUAAUGUUAUCGCCAUAUUUUGCAGAUUUUAACCUAUGACUUUGACAUUCUGAGACUGAGUAGAUCAUCUUUAAGUUGCAUAGAUUCAUUUACUUAGCACGAAGCUGUUUGCUUGCAGAGUUUCAUACUAAUACAAAUAACUAUAUCAUAUUGAUACAGAUAACAUCAUCAUGUUAUUUAAUCAUUUAAUUAUGAUCAUCAGAUAAAAACAUUAUUGCAUUAAGAUCCAUCAGGCACAGAAACCAUAAAAAUAAUAUAUACCUUCAUUGUGUAUAAAUUCAAUUCCCAAUCUCUUAAUUUUAUCAAUUAUGAUUAUUAUAGCAUUUACUCAGUGGCAUUUUUGCAUGGUAGUUUCUUUGACAAGCAAGUAAGAUACUUAAGUAAAGCUGAAGCAGGGGACCUGGGUACAAAA